AUGAACAGCCGACUAGCGGCACUCAACAUCACCUACGAAAAGGGAGUCAAGAAGGGGAGCGUUCUGGAGGCGAUGAUGGCGGCAACCGGGAUGAGGAGUCACACUGUGCUGUGUCUCCUCAUCACCGUGUUCCGCCGGAAUCAUCCAAAUCGCCCCUGCGACUGGGUCGGUCAUGUCACAGGGGACAUUACCACAAAGGAGGUGGGCCUGAGCGCCCAAUCAGAGGACUUUUUAUCCUUCUGGUUGGCGGUCUUCCAGGGACGAUUCCGACCAACGCUGGAUUUGUUUCCGGUGUUGGUUGGAACUCCCCUGGAGCCGAUGCUCAGGGCCAAUGUGAACCUGUGGGAGUCGCAGCGCAGCAACCGCGGCGUGUCUUCUGGUUCUGGUGUUCCUGCGGUUGGGAUGGACGUCGACCAGCCGGUUGACAAUCCAUCACCCCGGUCGAACGCGCCAGCAAGACCAGACGUCGCUGCAGCCCUCGCCCCUCAGGCGUCACUUGGUAACCCCGCCCUGCCCGUCAACCCCGUCCCGCCCGCCAAUCCUGCACCGCCAGCCAACUAUCAUGGCGCUCACAAGUACUGUGGGCCGCCGAUGAAUAUCGUUGUGCUCGGUGGCGGUGAGGAUCCGCAGACAAUUCAAAACGAUGAUGGCAAGGUUGAGUGUUCGCUCUGCGGUGACAUGCAGGCGUCCCAGGCGUUACUCAACCGCCACUUCGUCAAGCACAGGGUCGGGACUCUGGAGUGCCCUUUUGGUUGGCGCCCUCCUGGACGCACCCCAACUUGCUCGCCGCAUAUGGUCUUUUACCGCUGGGACAAGUUCAACGACCAUAUCAAGCGACACCAUCCGGAGGUCAAUCAAGAUGACCCCACUCGUAUACACGUAUAUGAGCAGUACCUCAAGCGCGGAGAACGUCCCCAGCAUAGCAAGCUGGCGCAGAAUCUCAAGGGCGAGAAGAGGAGGCAGCGAUGA